AUGGCGGCUGGCAGUUCUGAGCUGCGGCGGGUGGAAGAUUUCCGUCUUGCUGCGGAAAAAACCCUGCCCGAAGCCGCCUGGCAGUACUAUAGCCAAGGGGACGGGGAUAAUCAAACUCUGAGGGACAACUGCGAGAGCUUCAAAAGGUACCGUGUGUUGACACGGGUCUUACGCGAUGUUACCACUAUAGACACGACAGUCUCAGUGUUGGGCACAACCCUGGACUUUCCUGUCGCCAUCGCCCCAACAGCUCACCACAAAAUGGCGCAUGCGGAGGGAGAGAAGGCUACAGCUAGAGCCGCUGCCGCCGCUAAAACAGCGAUGGUUCUCAGUGUAUACGCAAAUCAUUCCUUGGAAGAGGUAGCAGAAGCCGCACCCCAAGGAACUCUCUGGUUCAACCUGCUUCUGUUUAAGGACCCGGAAAGAAACAAAGAACUCUUGGACAGAGCGGCAAAAGCGGGCUAUAAGGCCAUAGUUCUGACGGUCGACCAGCCGAGAUCCGAGUAUCUGAAGCGACCAGCAACAAGCAUGGCAAAACGCAAGGCACAAACCUUCCACAGCGUACCAAACAUGAUGUUCCCAGGCGCGCCGCCUUACGGGACGGAGAAGUACCGCAGCUGGCUGUACUCGGCGCUGAAGCAGCCUAUGACGUGGGAUGACGUAGAUUGGCUGAAGAAGAAUACGACUUUGCCCCUCGUGCUAAAAGGAAUUCUUACAGCGGAAGACGCCAAAGAAGCAGUUCGUCGCGGCGCGGACGCCAUCUUGGUGUCCAACCACGGCGGAAGGCAGCUGGACGGAGUGCCCGCUACGAUUGACGCUCUGCCUGACAUCGUCCAAGCUGUUGGCGGCGAGACGGAGGUUUACCUGGACGGAGGUGUGCGGACUGGAACGGACGUACUGAAGGCCUUGGCUCUGGGAGCCAGAUGUGUGUUCAUCGGCAGGCCCGCGCUAUGGGCACUGGCAUGUGAUGGUGAAGGUGGUCUCUUUCACCUUCUCAACAACCUGAAGGAGGAGCUGGUUUAUGCAAUGGCCAGAACAGGAUGUGUGAAAAUUGCUGACAUCGAUUCAUCCCUGGUGGUUCACGAGUCUUACUUAAGUUCGCGACGUGGAAAUAAUUAACCUAGAACUCAUAUAACCAGUG